AUGGUUUACUUAUUCCAUGUUUCUCUUUGUCUUGGCAUUGUUUUUGCCACAUGGAGUAGCAAACACAGCACAUCCAAACCAACCACUACACCAGUGAAAGGAGCAGCCAGCAGCAGCCCAGCAGCAAGGCCCUCAACAUCAACACCAACCACACACACACUGAACGGAGCAGCCGGCAGCAGCACAACAUCAUGGCCCCCAACAACACCAACACCACAUACACCCAACGCUCCUACAGCGGGGGUCCUGCUGCGGGUCCUGGUGCUGCUGGGCUUCUCCGUCCUGACCCUGGUGGUUCUGCUCAGCCUCAUUGGCUGGUGGAGAACCAGAGGUACCAAGGCGGAAACAGAAGAGUGCAUUGGUCUGAACUCUGCCAGCGACGCCCCGCCAGCCAGAGAACGCCUCGGCUCAGGGGCCAGUGACCAGCAGCAGCACACUGUGGAGAUGGACCUGGACUGGGCUCCCAGGGGCCCCUCUGUGGUCCAGCGUGGUGGGCAGAGGGCAGUAGGCUCAGCACAGGACCAAGAGGAUCCUGGUGAACUUAGCGAUGCGGCUACCUAUGAAAACCUGAGGGCCCCUCCCAGAUGUGUUGGGGACACUGCGGACACGGGCGUCCAUUUUGUCACCGUCCACCAACUGUCAAAAUGA